GUGUGUGCAGUGCCUCGAGGAGAGGAGGCGCGAGUAUCCCAUGGCAUGGAGAUGGGGACAGCCCCAGCGCUGUGUCUGGGGAUGGGCAGCAGCGAGGCAAGAGUGGGACGGCAGUUCCUGGGAGUGACAGUGGGAGGGGAUGAGGAUGCUUUGUGGGCUCACAGCCACUUUCCCAGCCAAGGGGGAUGUUUUAGCCAGGGAGUCCUUGCACUGAGGCAGGGGAGGAAUGGGGACGCCUGUAAAUUGCAGAGAUGAGCUCCCUUGCAGCACAGAGCAGCGGGUGUUUCUUGCCAGCACUCGUCUCCGUCCGUGUGCCACCGUCACUGGGUCAGGUCACAGGAGUGUCUCCAAUUAACCCAGCUCCCUGGUGACCCUUAAUUGGCACCCCAGGCUUUCUUCCUCCUCCUCCUCCCCCUUCCUCCCCCAGCACGUGUUUCUCACCUGUACAUCUGCUGCUAAACCUCUGCUCCGGGCAUCCCAGCCGCUGCUGGGAACCGGUGGCAGUAACCCGGAUUUAUCCCCUAAAUCAGGGCAGUGGCCACCCCCCUGGCUUGGCACAGUGUCCUGAGGAUGUCCCUGCUUGGUCCAUGGCAUCAGGCUGUGUGGUGGGAGGAGGGCUGUGGGCCGAGCACUGGGCUUGGGGAUGGGCAAGGGCUUCAGUGCAGAGAGGCUGGGAAGCUCCAGGAGGGUUUUUAGGUGGGUGCUUGCUGGAGUGGCUCAGGAUGGGGGGGAAAUGGCUUCUGCUGUUUCCUCCUCUCCCUGUCGCAGAGACCACUGGACUGGGCACAUUUAACCCUCCAGGUGCUGGUCCCAGAGACGAGCCAUGUACCUGGAUGACCAGAGUGGGAGUAUGGCUGUGGGACACAGCAUGGCCUGGCUUAUCGUCCUGUUCCACAUUUGCUGCUUUGCCCUGUCUUAGCACAGGGCUUGGGGUGAGUCUUGGGGGUGUUUAGGGCUGCCCUGCAGCAUUGCAAGUGCUUUGGGCAUGGCUGGUACCCUCAGGCUGCAUGUCCUCCUCCUGCCUGGUCAUCUCACCCGUGGGCAUGUCCGAUAAAUGGAUCUUCAUCCUGCUGCUCUGGGAAUGAAACUGGAUCAUCCCCCAAAGGACCGUCUCCCUGGAGUCCACAAAGGACUGUGGCCCUGUCACCAAGGUCUCUGCAGCCACCCAGCACACCUGCAUGAAGGUAAAGGUGAUGCCCUGAUCAAGACAAGGAGAAACUGAGUCUGAGCAAGACACAGGAGCUCUUGAGCAGCAUCUCACCUUCCCCUUGCUGUCAGUCACCUUCCUGGUGUCCUUUGGCUCCUCCAUGCUCUAUGGCUACAACCUGGCCGUGGUGAACUCGCCAGCGGUGCACAUAAAGGCUUUCUACAACGCCACGUGGUCCCAGCGGUAUGGGCACGGGCUGGCCUCCGGCGCCCUGACCCUCCUCUACUCCCUGACCGUCUCCAUCUUUGCCCUGGGCGGGCUCGUGGGCUCCUUGCUGGUGGGGGUGCUGGUGGAGCGGUACGGCAGGAAUGGCGCGCUGAGCCGCAGUACUCUCCUCGUCCUCCUGGCCGGUGGCUUCAUGGGCUUCAGCCGGGAGCUGGGGUCCCCUGAGAUGGUGAUCGUCGGCCGCUCCAUCACGGGGCUCCACUCAGGUAUCUGUCUCAGCGUGGUGCCCCUCUACCUGGGAGAAAUCGCCCCCAAGAACCUGCGGGGUUUCCUGGGCCUCAUGCCCAGCAUCUUCAUCUGCCUGGGGGUUUUCUUCGCGCAGGUCCUGGGCCUCCCAGAGCUGCUGGGCGAGGACAGGUUCUGGCCCCUUUUCCUGUCGGUGGUGGUCAUUCCCGCCUCCCUCCAGCUCCUGCUGCUGCACUGCUUCCCUGAGAGCCCGCGGUACCUGCUGAUAGAGAGGAACGACGUCUGCGGGGCCACCAAGGCGCUGCGCCAGUUCCUGGGGACACCUGACGUGCAGGAUGUGAUCGAGGAGAUGAAGGAGGAGCAGCGGUCGCUCUCCUCUGUGGAGAUGGUCUCUGUCUGGCAGCUACUGCGGGACCGCUCUGUCCGCUGGCAAACCCUCUCGGUGGUGGUGGUGAAUGCUGGCAUGCAGCUCUCGGGCAUCGAUGCCAUCUGGUUUUACACCAACACCAUCUUCGAGAACGCCGGGAUCCCUGUAUCCCAGAUCCCCUACACCACCGUGGGCACCGGCACCAUUGAAGUUGUUGCUGGGCUGAUCGGGUGCUUCACCAUCGAGAAGUUGGGCAGGCGGCCCCUCAUCAUCACCGGCUUCUGCGCCAUGGGCAUCUGCUCGGCUGGUAUUACCGUCUCCCUGCUGCUGCAGACCACCCUGCCCUGGAUGCACUACGUCAGCGUCGCCUGUGUGGUCGGCAUCAUCGCUGGCUUCUGCAUGGGACCAGACGCCAGGCCCUGGUUUAUCAUGCUGCACCCCGCAAGCGAGAGCCCGCCACAAGACCUUCCAGCCCCAUACAUCCCCGGGGCACGCUCAACCUCUUCCUCCUUGUCCCUGCUCCUGGGCCAAGCGGGGAGCAAGCCCUGGCAGCCUUUCCCAGAUCUCUCUGGAGGUGUCACCUGCUCCCAUCACAGUGCGGCUGCCGGCGUCCCCUUCCUGAUGACAGCCGAGCUCUUCACGCAGUCACACCGCCCGGCUGCCUACAUCGUGGGGGGGUCCCUCAACUGGCUCUGCAACUUCACCGUCGGCUUCAUCUUCCCCUUCUUGCAGAUGUCAGCCGGUGCCUUUUGCUACCUGGUUUUCUGUGGCGUCUGCCUGCUGGUGGCCCUGUACGUCUACCUUGUCGUCCCUGAGACCAAGAACAAAACCUUCAUGGAGAUCAGCCACAUCUUUGCCACUCGCCGCUCCUUCCUCUCCAUCCCGGCACACCUCAUAGGGAUGACGAAGCUCAGUGGCUAUGGGGCCUUGGAGAGCAGCUCCCUGGAGGGUUCGGGCUCCAGCCUGCCCUGAUCUGGGUGGGCCUGGGGGGGACAGAGGUGGUGGAGGAGGCUCGGGCCUGGGGAGGGAAGUGGGGGCCAAUUUGCUUAGACUGGAUCAGCUCUGGGUGUCCCAGGACAUCUCACCAUGCCACAGCCUGUGCCCAGGAUGAGCCCUGAUGAUGUACCAGGGUUGCACCGACCACUGCGCAUCGCCCCCAUGCUGCAGGAGAUGCCCUCCCAGAGAUGAGGGGACCUCCUGGGGGAAGUGGGUUCACAUUGCUCCUGGGUAUGUGGACUUGCCAAGAGCUGCCCACACGAGGUGUUUAAUAAAGAGCAUUGCCUCCAGAGCCAUCAUUUGGCAAGCACAGCCUGGGAUGGCAGCAAGCUGGAGUGUGCUGGCACUGGUGCAUGCUCCCCCGGGGAGGGGAGGAGCAACGUGCGAUGGGGGGGCUUGUCCUCCUCCCCACUGUGCCUGGCUGGAAAGAUCAAAGUUGCCCCAUGUUUCCUAGGAAGGGUGGUCAGGGUGGCUCCUGGGCCCUUGCGUCUCACCCCGGGUUGGCCAUGCAAACCCAGAGGCUGUUGCAGAAGGGACAUGGGGCAGCUCAGAGCUGGGGAAGACUGUCCAGCCACCAUGUCUUCACAGCCUGCUGGAAGUCCCUCGCUGCCUGGCCUCAUGUGCCGGCCCUGCAGAGAGUGCUCCCGUGGGACCCCUGCACCCUCCCAAACUCUGCUGAGGACAAAGGGGUCCUGGGUGCACCCACAUCCCUUUGCAGCACCCCAUGAAUUGCUGUGACCCCGAGGUGCUCUCCAAGCAUGACCUCUCCCACGUCUCUGCCCUGAAUCCCAGGGGCUGUGUUGAGGGCUUCCCUGUUUCCUGGGACUGCCACGGGCAUGGCGCUUGCAUGACCCGGGACCCUCACAGCAGCUCCCACAAACACCAUGGGGUUGGGGUCUCCCUGGCCGGCAGAUGCUUGGGGAGCUAUGGUUUGCAGGGAAACUACAAUAUUUUGCUCUGGUAAGAGGUAAAAGCCAGGCAGUGGGGAGGGCUGCGUAACCAAAACCCUCUAGUGUCAAUGCAAGCAUGAUUUAUUUUGUUGCAAAUAAUUUAGCCCUCUUUUUUCCUGUUGCCCACUCUGUGACAGGCCCACAGCUUGCAUGUUUGGUGCUCGUGGUCAGUUGGUGAGGAGCUCACCCUUUCUGCAUCACUUGGCAAAGCCUUGGGGUGCUUCCGUGGGUGGGUGGGUGCUGGGCCCUUGGAGACAAGGACUGGGCCAUACUGGGUCCCCAGUGCCUGGUCCCAGCCCCUCCAUCCUCAGCAGCCGGCUUGGGGUUCUCCUGCAUCUUGAGCCUUUUAAAGGACAUCAGUCAAAGCAGGGGUCACAGCUCCACAACAUCAGCCGCUUCCCACUCCGUCUCCCUCCUGACUCGGCUGCUCUCGGCAGCAGAACAGAGCGGUAAAUAUGUGCAGCAUUACAUAUGUAUAAUGGAGUGUAAAUAACCCCAAAAAGUGCAUUGUAAAUAGACUCCAAGUUUAUCCUUUAUUAAUGAGGCACUGAGUGCCCUGCUGUUUUAGAGCAGCGAGACUUUCAUAAUAUCAAAACCUAAAUUACACUUGUGUCUCUCAUUCCCAGCAAACGACAGCAUCAUUUCAGGCCUCUUUGCCACUUGUAUUUAUUUAUUCUGGUAUUUAUUUAUCUCCACCCAGCAUGCGGGGUGGCUUGGAAGAUGCCCCCCGCCCUUCAUGUGGAAGGCGAUAGCCCCCCUGGGAGCAGCCCCCCAUCUUGGGGUCCUGGUGAGGCCAAGGAGCCAGGGUGCUGCCUUAUGGCCAAGGACUGCUCUGUGCUGGCUGGUGAGAUGGAGCAGGGCUGGGAAACAUGGGGUCAGGACCUAUUUCUGCCAGGACUUCAGACAUCACCAGAGCCAGAAGUGCCCUCUUUCCAAGGACUGGAGGUCACUGGCAAAAUCCUAUGGUGUCUUUUGGGUGCAUUUGCUCCUGGGGACCCUUUUGAGGGUACCGUGCCAAGGGACAUGUCCAGCCUCCUUCCAUCGGGACCUGGAAGGGUGGGAGCGAGGAAACUCCAUGCUCAUGGGACACUAGCUUCUCAUCAGCUUCUUCUUUAGGAUAUUGGGGCAGGAUCUCUGUUUGGGGCUGUCAGUCCAGGCUGCCCCCUGCCACUGAUCUGGUACUCUUGCAGAAGCAGGAUUUGGGCUUCCCCUCUGCUUGCCUUGCCCAGGGAGGCAUUCCCAGCCAUUCCACUGCAGGCUACUUGUGGAGGAUAUGGCUGGGUGAACUCCGAGCUGCUUCCCCGUGUCCAAAGCUUCUUUCCCGUGUCCAAAGCUUCUUCCCCAUGUCCAAAGCAUCUCUCUGGAUUCAGGCCUCCAAAUGCACUGGUUCCGCUUGGUGAGGGUAAGGCUGUAUCCUCUAGCAGUGUCCAAACAGACCUUGAAAGACUGGAGAAGAUGCAAAGAAGAGUCCGAGAAAUUACUUUGAUGCCUGGAAAUGCUCCUGAUCCUCUUAAGGUUUGCAGAAAUGAGGAUGACAGUGACUUUCUCCAAAUGCCUUCUCAUGAUGUAUCCAGUGCUAAAGGGUGGAUGAGUCUAAGCAUUGAGGUAUUACAGGUGGGGGGCUUGAGCUUACCCCAGCCAAACUGGAAUGGGAAUGAAGGCCCAGUUUGAACUCUCUAGAUGCUUUGAAAUGGGGUCCUCAAGGAGGUGAUCGUGGCCCAUCACUGGAUAUCUCCAGGUCCUACAGAGAAACUCUCCUUUAUGGUGCUUGGCUCAAGAUAAAUGGUCACAUCCUGACUGGGAAGCUGAUGAAAUCCUGCCGGACACAGCCUGGUGUCCCUGUGCCAGCACUGGUGGCUGGUGAGGCAGCAAGAGUCCCCAGGCCAUGGCUGGACAAGCCAAGGAGCAUUCACAGCCUGCUAGUGCUCAUGGUCCCUAUGGCUCCAGCAGGGAUGGGCUCCUGGGGGAUGGAUCCUGUUAAUGACAGGGGGACCCACUAAGCCUCUGAGGCUGAAACCUUCUUGCACUGGUUUCACCAGGUGUCCUAACAGCGAACUGUCCCUGUCCCCUCAAUGGAGGUGCCUUUGCUCCCCCAAAAUCUCACCUGACUGCAGAGGCUCCAUCAGGGACCAGUUUUGAGUGGGGUGCGGUUCCUGCAUGCUCUGAGCAGGGGGAACACCCUGCUCCUGCCUCCUUCUGUGUGGAGAAAGGGGAGGUGCAGCAGCACCCUGCUGCUGCACGGAGGUGGGUGCAGGAUCGGUCCCUGUCUCGUCUUACCAAUGGAGGAGAGGCUCUGGAGCCAAGCAGUCCCAUAAGGCAGCUUGCCGUUCGAUGAUACCCGAAACUGCACCGCAGCAUCACCCCCCAGCCCUGAGGACCCCAAAGCAACUCACAGUGCCACGGUGGAGGGCUGAGCCCCUGGCACAACCCCUCCGGGGUCAGGCUGGCACCGUUGUUCCCUUCAGCCCAGGUGGGUUCGUGCACACUUUCCUCGUCCGUGCUUCCAGCUUCCCUGUGUCUGCAGCCUGGGCCCGGGAUGCGUUUGAGUGUUUGGGGGGUGAUUUACCCGCAGCCGCAGGCCCCAGCUGCUCGGGGCUGUUCAAAGCAGGGCGAAGCUGGAAGAGGAGCCAGCGUGGCUUGGGGCUCCGUCAUCGGCCCUCUCCAGUUUCUCCUCGGGAGUGGGAGGACCUGGCUGUGGGGCUGCCCAGCAGCAAGGACAUGGUGCAUCUCGCACAGCACAUCAUGGGGAGCAGCCUAGGUUGACGAGCAGCUGAGCCCCCACCAAAACUCGACAUCAGAGCUCAUGGCGGGGGGGGGCUGAGACUGCAGGAUGGGACCCCCUCCAUCUCCCAGUCCCGCCCAGUCACAGUUUUGUGUGCAAACAUGCCUCAGUAAAAGCAUGGAGGGGCAAAAGCAGGGGAACUUCUUCCCGUUGGAUAGAGGGUUUGUCCUGCACCAGCCCCUCUGCUGUCCUCAGUGCCCCAGUACAGGGAUUAAAGAGGCCCUGGCUGAAAUUUGGGGUUGGCAAAUCUUCAGGCGAUGGGCUGGAGCUGCCCCCAGGCACCGUGCGGGUGGUUCAGGAGGUGAGCAUAGAAGGGGAGAGGCAAAGGCGGCAAAGGAGUAGGACACAGCAAAUGAUGGAGCAAGGAGCUGGGACCAGCCCCUCUCCACCACUGGCCCAGCCAGCCCUGGACCCAUGGGCACUGCUCAUGCUAAUAACUGCCAGGUGUACCCCUUCCAGGCUUCACAGUCCCACGCACAUCCUUGCACUAUGGUAAACCUGGCUCGCUCCCGGCUGAAAGUCAUCCCGCAGCAGGAUCUCCCUGGGCUGAGCCCACAGCUCUCAUCUCCUUAAAGUGCAGAGCCAGCUCCAGCCGAGCCUGCAGUUCACAUGGACUCUGGUCAAGCGCCUUUUUGCAGGGGAAAAAAAAAAACCAACCUAAAAUGGGUGAUUUUCUUACUGUGUUCUGGGUAACGGGAACUCAGCUGAAACCCAGUACUUCGGAGGGGUGGAGGGCAGUGAUUUGUUUCUUUUAAAAGCCUAAAAUAUUUCCUUGGCAUUAACCAGACUCCCUCAAUCUCUUAAAAAAAAAAAAAAAAGAUGAUGAACAAUUUAAGGGUGUAUUUGCGGGGGGAAAAAAGUGUUUGUUACUCUGUAGAAAGAAUACUAAUUCUGUAUGAAUGCCAGCAGGUCCAUGGCUGAUGCUCUACAGGAGCAGGUCUCUGCAGUGGGUGCAGGGUGCCAGGGCUGGUCCGGGUGUGGGUGCCCGGCGUCAGGGUGGCCGAGUCGAGGGUGCCCGGCGGAGGUUGCGCACCGGCAGAUGGCACUCCCAGAAUUUAUUGCUACAGCAAGCUGCCUCUUGGAGAGCAGUCAUGUAGGAGAUGUCCUAUUAUAUGGGCAGUUGACUUUAAUAGUCAUUGUGUGCUUAAAGCACAGCAAAACAACAGUGGGAAAAAAAAAAAAAAAUCCCCACUCCACUUGGAUGGCCCUUUUCCCCCCAGCCCUGCUAGUCUAUUUGUACAGUAAAUUAAAAAUAUGAAUCACUUCUCUCUACUGCCUCCCCAAACACUCAUCCUGUCAGGCUCUGUGUUGUCUUCAUUUGUAUUACCUUAAUUUAAUGUUAAUUAUGUUCUUCAUUUACAAAGAACAAGCAUUUACACUCCCUGUCUGGGGAUUUUCCACGCUCGUGGUCUCCACAGACUGGGAGGCGAAGGGGAGCAGCGGAGGCAGCGGCGCUGGGGAGGGGGCUGUUAGCAUGGCCAUAGGAAUGGGGAGAGCGGGGAUGCCACCCCCCGAAUGAACCGGUAAUGAUGAGCGCGAUUGCCUUUCGAUUUAUGAAACCGUAUCACCGCCUGUGC